GCUACCUUUCGCCGACUCCUGGUCCAAGUCGACGCCGAGACACGCAGCUGCUGGAGAGCCCAACCGCCGAGGAGCCGCCUCGGAACAAACGAAAAGCCGACGAAGAAGCGAAGCCCGAGAACAACAAGAGAAAACCUAGUCUGAAGAAGCUGAGCGCUUUUGGGGACGAGAAGGACGCAGCCGCCGAGAAAGACCCCGAAAAGCAGUCCAAGGAGAAGACCCGCAAGAAGCACAAGAAGGGUUCCGAGAAGCAGUCCAACGAGAAGGCCCCCGAGAAGCAGUCCAACGAGAAGGCCCCCGAGAAGCAGUCCAACGAGAAGGCCCCCGAGAAGCAGUCCAACGAGAAGGCCCCCGAGAAGCACUCCGACAAGAAGGCCCCCAAGAAGCACUCCGACAAGAAGGCCACCGAGAAGGACUCCGACAAGAAGGCCCCCGAGAAGCACUCCGACAAGAAGGCCCCCGAGAAGCACUCCAACAAGAAGGCCCCCGAGAAGCAAUCCGAGAAGGCCCCCGAGAAGCAAUCCGAGAAGGCCCCCGAGAAGCAGUCCGAGAAGGCCCCCGAGAAGCAGUCCAAGCAGAAGGCCCAGCCCGAGCAAGACAAGCGACAGCCUGGCGAUAUCUGGUGGGACUACGAGAUGCAACGUGCCUGCCUCGAAAGCCAGACCGGCCCGGUGUUUUCUUCGAAGCCCUUUGUGAAAGAGGAUGAGGUUUUCGCUCAAUUCCCCGAUGGUCUUGUGUGGUCGGUUCCGCACCUCGUGCCUGCAGACCUAGAGAGUGGUCUUGGUUUGCCGGCCCCGACUGUUCCCGAACAGAAGCCCAAGGUCGAGGCUCGCGAGGAUCGCCACGAUGCCACGAGCAGAUGGGUUCAGAAGCUCCAGCUGGUCAUCCGGACCGGCCUCAGUGUGAGGAAAGCGAUGCACAUCGCCAUGACCUUCGCCGAUUGCUAUGUGUACAUGAACUUGAAUCCGGCGGAGAUCAACUACAGAGGCUGUCGAGAUGAUCUACUGGGUCACGACCACGAUUGGGAAGCUUCAGCUUUGGAUUGGCAAACUGUCAAUUCGCUUGGCCUGAAACACUUCCCGAAGUC